AUUAUCUCUUAUACAAAUCAGAGACAAAUUACAGUGAUACAAGACAACCCUCUAGGAUCGAGGAGGGCAUCUAGUAGAAUUCUGUACUCUUGGUUACACCAGUACCGUACUUGUAGCCCUUGCAGGAGCCGCAGCUACAGCCCAAUGACUACCCCUACAAUUCCGCAGGAACCAUUCCCAAUUUACCUUGUCAGCUCCAGCUACCUCCUCUACGACGCCACUGUAAUUUCCCACGUCCGCCGCACACACCGAAUGUCCGGCUGCCUGACUGGCACCCUCCCACAGAUCCCACAACAAAACAUAUUCCUUGGCCUACCUUUAGAGCUAAUGAUCGAGGAGGCGCUGCUUCUUGUUGAUAAAGGCGCCGGAUACAUUGUUGACGACGUACACGUUCACGAGCACGGCCUGCGGGACAUGCUAGAAGUGGAUAAACAUCAAUUUUUGGAAGAGCGAGAGGAAGGUCAGAGGAGGGGUGUAGAGGAGUAUGUCAGGAAGGUGCAGGAGAAGAGGGGUGUUUUUGUUCAGGGUCGGGGUAACGAUGAGGGGGGAGGGGUGGAUGGUGGUGGGCAAGGGACUGAAGGCGGACGGGGCGAUGUGGCCGAGGGGGAAACGGUGUUCGAGAAUUCAUCGGUAUCAAACUCGAGACCGGCUGCUACGACAGCUGUACCAGCUCCAACAGCUGCGAAUGCGGUCAUGUACUAUCCUACGCCGGCAAUCUCCCAUCCGAUAUACCACCGCCCUCCAGUUCCCUGGGAUAUACGGACGGCGCCGCUGCGACCACAAAGAACGCAGGGAUAUCCGCUCUACAAGCACCUUCAUGAGAGGGGAUACUUCCUCUCGCCUGGGCUCAGGUUCGGGUGUCAGUAUAUGGCGUACCCUGGAGAUCCGCUACGAUUCCACUCGCACUUCGUCGUUAAUGGUCUGGGAUGGGAUGAAGAGAUUGAAAUGCGGGACGUGGUUGGCGGGGGGCGAUUGGGGACUGGGGUUAAGAAGGCGUGGAUGAUUGGGGGGGAAGAUGGGACGGGGGAGGUUAGGACGUUUUGUGUGGAGUGGGGUGGGUUUUAGAAGGGGUGUUAUAGGGGAGCUUGGAUGUGGGGGUGGCCUUUCGGAAGUCAUCGUAUAUGGCAAUAGAGAUGAGGGAGGUUCGGUGUUAUGGUGAUAAGAUAACUAGUUAUUUGUAACGGAGAAUCCAAAGCAAGUAACUUUU